CGGCGAUAAAAUAAUGAUCAAGAAAAUGGACCCUACUUUUCUAUUUUCGAUAUCAUUAGUCAAAUUAAUCUGUGCCUUUGAAUUAUUUGAUCAAGUCAAGUGAUCUCCUGUCAAUUUUUUUUUAUUUAUUUCUUUUCUUUUUCUUUUUUGCCCUUUUUCUCUCUGUUUCUGUAACGCGUUCACAAAGUCAAAGUUUUCCACCUUUGCCCCUCUUAUCUUUUCUCUUUUUCCUUUUCUUAUUUUUCUUUCUUUCAUGCUUCAAAUAAAUGAUUUAAUUUUUUGUUUCUUUCCUUAAAUUCACCCACUUCCCUUUUCCUAUAUAUCUCCAAACUGAAAUGAAUUUGCCUACUAUACCUCUCUCUCUCUCUCUCUCUUAGUUAAUUUUACGUAACUUCAUCACUUCUUAGUGGACUCCUUGCACUAGCUCUUCUUGAUAAUACACAGAAGUGUUUGCUGGGUCUCUUGAUCUUUUUCUUUCUGUCAAGAACGGGUAAAAAAGGUUGCUUCCAUGGCAGGAGGUGGUGGAGGAAGAUCUUUAGAGGAAACGCCAACAUGGGCAGUUGCUAUAGUUUGUUUUGUUUUAGUUUUAAUCUCGAUAAUCAUUGAAUACAUCAUUCAUCUUAUAGGAAAGUGGUUAAAGAAGAAACACAAGAGAGCCCUUUAUGAAGCACUUGAAAAGAUCAAAUCAGAACUGAUGUUAUUAGGAUUCAUAUCACUGCUCCUAACGGUGGGACAAGGUGUAAUUUCGAAAAUAUGUAUACCAGAAAGUGUUGGAUCGACAUGGCAUCCAUGCAGCAAGAAGGAAGAAGAAGAAAUAGAUAAGUCUGAAGAGACACAAACAAGUGAAGAUUAUGAAAACCGCAGGAGACUUCUCAUGAUAUCGGAUUCCGGCGGACGGUUUCGGCGGUUCUUGGCCGGUGAAACCACAGACCAAUGUGGUGAGGGUAAAGUCCCGUUUAUGUCGUCAGAUGGGAUUCAUCAACUGCAUAUUUUCAUAUUCGUGUUGGCCGUCUUCCAUGUGCUGUAUUGUGUUCUCACAAUGGCUUUGGGCAGAGCCAAGAUGCGACGUUGGAAAUCAUGGGAAAAGGAAACAAGAACGGCUGAAUACCAGUUCUCACACGAUCCAGAAAGAUUCAGGUUUGCAAGAGAAACAUCAUUUGGGAGAAGGCACUUGAGCUUCUGGACCAAGACACCAGUCCUUAUUUGGAUAGUUUGUUUCUUUAGGCAAUUUGUGAGGUCGGUUCCUAAAGUUGAUUAUUUGACCUUGAGACAUGGUUUUAUCAUGGCACAUUUGGCACCUCAAAGCCAUAUGAAAUUUGAUUUCCAAAAGUAUAUAAAUAGGUCACUGGAAGAGGAUUUCAAGGUUGUUGUUGGAAUAAGCCCACCAAUCUGGUUCUUUGCUGUCUUUUUCUUACUCUUCAACACUCAUGGCUGGUAUUCUUAUCUAUGGCUUCCAUUUAUUCCGCUAAUUAUAAUUCUGCUGGUGGGGACAAAGCUACAGGUGAUUAUAACAAAAAUGGCACUUAGAAUCCAAGAAAGAGGAGAGGUUGUGAAGGGAGUGCCAGUGGUUCAGCCUGGCGAUGACCUCUUUUGGUUCAACCGUCCUCGCCUUAUUCUUUACCUUAUCAAUUUUGUACUGUUUCAGAAUGCCUUUCAGCUUGCGUUCUUCGCAUGGAGUUGGAAGGAAUUUGGGCUAAAAUCCUGUUUCCAUGAACAUUCGGAGGAUAUAAUCAUCAGAAUUUCAAUGGGGGUCCUCAUACAGAUACUUUGCAGCUAUGUCACCCUUCCUCUCUAUGCCCUUGUGACACAGAUGGGUUCAUCAAUGAAACCAACAAUAUUCAACGAAAGAGUAGCCGCAGCUCUAAGAAAUUGGCACCACACUGCUAAGAAACACAUUAAACAAAACAAAGGGUCCGUGACCCCUAUGUCCAGUAGACCCGCCACACCAUCUCAUCACAUGUCCCCGGUGCACCUACUCCGCCACUACCGGAGUGAAAUGGAUUCCCCUAGACGAUCAAACUUUGGUUGGGAAACAGACUCCCCGUCUCCAUCUCACCCAGUUUAUGGUGAUGGUUCGUCAUCUCACAACCCAAAUCACGGAGAUGGUUCGUCAUCAUUUCGCCAUCAAAACCAACAGCAAAUCGAAUUAGGUUACGUAGAUUAUGAUAAGGAUGAUAAUGAGCCAGGUCCAAGUCAAGUGGCACCAGCUCCUGAACCGGUUAGCACCCAGCAUGAAAUUAAUAUUGCGCCGACGUCGAAGGAAUUCUCUUUCGAUAAGAGACCGAGUAUAUAAGUAAAGGGGUAGAGCUAUUUUCUUGGAGUAAAAAGCCACUUCCACGCAUCAAAAUACUCUUUGUUGAUAUGAACAAUUUAGAUGCGUUGAACUAAAUUGCUAUACAAUUACAAGGGAGGAUGAGGCCACAAAUUUUGCAUCGCCUUGUAUAUAUAUAUAUAUUUCUUUUAUUUAUUUUAUUUUAUUUUCCUAUUUGGAAAAUAUGGUAGGAACAAAUAUUAGAUAUAAUGACAAAAAUUUCCAUUAUUUUUUUAUUAAUUA